GAAAGUCGUUCCGCCUCUUCCGAGCGGGGUCACGGUCAGGGCGCCGCGAGCGCGGACACCCUGAGUGCGGGGCUCUCGGCGGGACGGGGUGGUCCCCCGCCCGGCGCCAUGUCCCGGAACCUGCGCACCGCGCUCAUCUUCGGCGGCUUCAUCUCCCUGAUCGGCGCCGCCUUCUACCCUAUCUACUUCCGGCCCCUAAUGCGGCUGGAGGAGUACCAUUCUGCUGUCUUCCUUCAUUUUAAGCGGGUUGCUCACAUGACAAUGGUGAAUAUCCUGGGAGUAAUUUUCCUCCUUAAUCAUUCAAGUUCUAUCAUUCUAAAAGCCAAACUCUCCUUCCUUGAGACCUAUACCUCAGCAAGGAUUAGCACUUUGAUACAUCUGAAACCAUCUGUCAGAGAGAAAAUAUUAGGCAUUAGAGGCUCAUUUUGUUCUCCAGGAAACCUGAAUCAUCUUGAAGAUGGAAGAAGGCCAACCCUGCCCCUGGAGAAUAUUAGCGGAGGCUGAAAGCUUGGCGGUUUGAAGGCAAAAGCUCCGUGUAAAUGCUCUGCCCAUUACAAAUGCUACAACAUUUGGUUUCUGGAGGCAGAGCGUUUUUAAGUCCGCACUCCCAUUUCCUUGUAGCUUCUUUUCAUCAGGCAGGAUUGAAAUGGCCUCUGUGCAUUCUGCCUUCCAGCCUGUGUCCAGGCACCCUGCGUCGGGGUAAACAGAGGGCUGUGUGAAGCCCUGCAUAAUCUCGUUCCAUCAUCCUUCCUGCCUGGAUGUCUGCCCCGGGCUGUUUUAUUAGGGCAUCGAGCGUGGGACAAGGGGCCCUGCGAUGGAGCCCACUAGGAAAGUUUCAGUGAGGAAGACUAAAGCAGUGGCUCUCAGCUGGGGAUGGUUUUGUCCCCCAGGGGACAUUUGGUUCUUUCCGGAGACAUUUGUGCUUGUCACAACUGGGGGUGGAGUGGGGUGGUGUGAGGGAGCUACAGGCAUCUAGUGGAUAGAGGCCAGGGAUGCUGCCAAACUUUCUGCAGUGCACAGGACAGGGCCCCGUGACAGAGGAUUGCCCUGCCCCAAAUGUGCAUGGUGCAGAGGUUGAGAAAUGCUCAUCUACAUCAGAUUCAAAAGGUGUGAGUUUGUGCCAUGUAACCCAACACCGCCUCAUAGGGAUACCCUAGAAUCUAUGUUUGUCUGAGGUGCUUGAGACGGAAAAUCAGGCCUUGUAGGCGAACGUUGAGAGAGCGUGGCUACAAUAUCUGCAUUUUAACUGGAAAGCAGUCUACGCCUGCCCACUUUUCUGGUUCAAUGUUAAUUAAUGUGGCCAACUCUUCUCUAGGAGUCCUAGUUGAUUCUUUAAACAAGUAAAUAAUACGAGACGGCUAGUAUUUAUUGAAAAUUUACUAUCUGUCCGCCUCUCUUCCAAGCACUUCAUACAUAUUAACCCAUCUAGUUUCCAUUUGUUGCAGCUGCUGUGUGAUCAUCACUCCCAUUUUGUAUGUGGACAGUGUGUGGUAUGGGACAGUCAAGUGACUUGCGCAAGGACCCAGAGUGGAUGAGUCGGAACUGGGGUUGGAACCAGUGCACUUAGUCGACCCACCACCAUACU